CUCUCGGGCUUCAGUGUAUUUUGACAGCUUCUCCGGUCAGGAGGCAUCUCGCUCAGGAGCGCUUUCACUUUCUCUUGCGUUUCCGAGCACACUCGCUGUGAGCCUGGGGUUGCCUCACUCCAAAGCUUUUAACCAGAAGCCACUGCAGCACGGCACCAUGAGCAAAAAGAAAAAGGAAUGGAGAACAGAGAAAGAGCGCUUACUCGGCCUUGGACAAGAGGAAAGACGUAAAGAGUACGGGGACAACUACGUGGCUUUGGACAAGAUUCCCACCUGGAGGCAUCACCACAACAGAGAGCCAGAGGAAGAGGAGGAAAACCCUGUCUCGUUGUGUGACAAAGUCUCUCUGUACAAGGGUGACAUAACCAUCCUGGAAGUGGACGCCAUUGUGAAUGCCGCAAACUCCAGUCUCCUCGGUGGUGGCGGAGUGGACGGCUGUAUACACAGAGCAGCCGGACAUUACCUGUAUGAAGAGUGCCAUUCACUAAACGGCUGCGAGACGGGCAAAGCCAAGAUCACCUGCGGCUAUGACCUUCCUGCCAAAUAUGUGAUCCACACUGUUGGCCCCAUUGCUAGAGGAAACGUGGGCCAGGUCCAAAGAGAAGAUCUCACGUCUUGCUACAAGAGCUCCCUGAAGCUGAUGGAGGAGUACAGCUUGCGCUCUGUGGCUUUUCCAUGCAUAUCCACAGGAAUUUAUGGAUUUCCCAACGAGCCGGCUGCUGACAUCGCCCUGAACACCGUGAGGGACUGGCUGAAGGAGAACAAGGACAAGAUUGACCGCAUCGUAUUUUGCGUCUUCUUGGAAAACGACUAUGGGAUUUACAACAGGAAGAUGUCAGACUACUUCCCUCCAGAUAACGAAGAAUGUGAGGAGGGGAACGUGGCCCACACGGAGGACGAUGCUGAUAAAACUGACACUGAUGAUGUUCACAUGGACAGCCAGGUAGACAAAGAUGUUGAUAUGCUGAGCCAGGGAGACCUGGACCUGGACCAUCUUGACACACCAAGCCAGCAAGAAGAAACUUGCACUUCAGCUGCUGAAAAUCCUGCAAAGGAAAUAACUACAGAAAGAAGUGACCCUGUGGUGGAUGAGAAGUCAGCAGGUGAGAGCCAACCCAAGCAAGAGAAAGAGAAGCACGAGGAAAAGAAGUGUGAUUCAGAGCAAGACAGUGGCAGUGCUGGAGUUGAGAAAGAGAAGAGUGCUGGAGAGAAGACUGAGAAUGCUCCUGCUGAUACAAAACAACAAGAUGACGAAGACCACGUAACAAGCAUGAACAGCAAGGAUACAGACAGCCAAGGAUUAGUGGAGACCAUGGAGGUAGAGGGUGCUGAAAAUGAGGAGAAAAACACAACUACAAGUAUUAGCAAGUCUGAAGGUGAAGUGAAACAACAGGAUAAAAGCCUUGCAGAAACAAACCAAGCAACUCAAACAGACAGCAGUCAGUCCAAAGAUCGCUCCAGCGAUAAGGGUGAGCCGAGUAAGGAGUGAGAAGACAAUCAGCAACGUAGUUAGACGCACCGGCAAACUGUGCGAAGGCGAAACUGACGCAACACGGUGGAGUCUCCUGAAUAAAAAAAAAACCACACACACAGGGAGAGGAUCUGUACACCACCAUAUUCCUUUUUCCCUUCCCUUCCUUCCCUUUCCUUAUUCGGUUUGGAAUUUAAUGAAACGUAUGAAAUAAGAGAGGCACACGUGAACAUACGGAGGAAUCUCGAGGGUUACGGGGUGAUACUUUACCUCAAUGAAAUGCUGCUUGAUCGUUUCCAUUCGCCAGGUUUUCUUGGUUCUGGAUCUGAACAGGUACAAAAAACAAAUAAAUAAUAAAAUUUAAAAAAAGAAAUAAAAAAAUAGCACUCUGGGUUAGAUGGGUUCUUAAUUUACGCUUAAAAAAAAAAUGAUAUAUUCUCAUUGAUUGAUGCUUUGCACAAGGUCUGCUAUAACACAGAACCUUCACAUCAAUUACAAUCAUAUUUGAUUUUUUUGUUUUUCUUUAAUACUUAAUGCUAAAAGUGACGUGCCAGUAUGAAUGUCCAUGUCUGCGUAUGGCCAUAUGUAUGAAUAUGCAAACCGAUGAUUAAAUGAAAACACUUGGCAUUAAUGCAGUACUUGCUUAAGGGAAAUGGGAACAUAACAGAUGCAUUUAAGUGCUUGGAUUCCACAUGCAAUUAAUAUAAAUUAUAAAUCAAAAUAAAAGCGAUAUAUGAACUAUAAGACUAUUCAAUAAAUUUAUUAAAUAUGUUCAUUAAGAAAGCAAAAUAAUAUGGAUUUCCAAAUUUUAUUUAUAUAGAUAUAUAUAUAUAGAUAGAUAGUUUAAUUUGAAAUUUGAAUGUCGAAAGGAGUCUUCAUAGAAAAGGUUUUUUUUUUUUUUUUUAUUAAAUUUUUUGAUACUGACCUGAGUGAACAGUCAAACCAGGGUCGAAAACUACACCAUAUCUGUUUGGGAUUAUUUUUCUUCCUUAAAAUGAAUUGAACAUGUGAGUCCACACAGUAAUGCAUCACUACAAGUCUUAUUUCUUAGAGGUUUUUGCAUUUUUCCUCCGUUGUGCUUCAAAAAAAAAAAAACACACUAUAAAAACCUCUCCCGUCUCUUUUUAUCUCUACGUUUCCUACACUUCUAAUUUUGCUCACAGAUGCCUCACAAUGACCAUUUGAUUUUUUUUUUGUGGAGUUUGUUAACAGAUGAAUGUCUCAGCUUUUACCCUAAUGCAUGCAAAAAAGGUUUCUUAAGUGGCUUUUUUCUUUCUUUUUUGAAACAGAGAGCGCACUCGAUAUUUUUUACUAAACUUUCAGUGUGUUCCAAAACAAAUGAAAUCAGCCUUAUAUGACAGGACAGAUACUACAUGAUCGCAAAUAGGAUGGGAAAUUUGACAUUUAAAAUCUUUAUGAAUAUAUCAAUAUCUAUAUAUAUAUAUAAACAUAUAAAUAUAUAAAGUUAAUGAGUGAUACUACAAAGAAGCUUCCUCUUUUUUUUCCUUGGGUUCAAGGUGAUAAGUCAAAAAAUCUAUAAUUCAUUUGUUUUGUUAAAAGGUUUGAUCAAUUACUUGAAGUGGUGCCAUAAUUAUAUCAGAUGACUUUAUGCCUUCAUAAAUCGGUGUUUGCUUUGCUUUACAAAUAUGAAAUAAAGUUGAAAAAGGUUCUUUCCA